AUGACAAUGGCAACAGGCAUACAGAAGCUGGAAGAGGCAUCGAAGCUGAUCCAACAGUCAAUCGAAUCAAACAAGGGGGUCUUCACUGUUAAGAUGGCGCCGAAAGUUGUUUCUGACAUUGAGGAACUGGAACUGGCCGAACGCAUGGAGCGAUUGAAGAGACAGAAUGAAGAAAUCAGUGGAGAUGAGAACAGCAGCGACGAGGAUGAGGAGGAGGAGGAGGAGGGGGGUGGUAAGGAAGGGGGUGCUGCCAGCAAGGUUCAGAGGGAUAAGAAGAAGAAGAAGAACGUUGAAGGGACUGCUGGUGGUGGUGAUGAUGAUGACGACGAUGAUGAUGAUGAUGAUGAUGACGUCAUCAUGAAAGAUGUCGGCAAAAAGAUUGCAAAUGGUGGCGUGAAUGCCGAUGAUGAUGACGACGACGGGGACGAUUAG